CUCUGUAGAACGUUUCAGAAAAAGUUCACGUUUUUUAAAUAAUCCGAAUUUAGACUGUCAUAAACCUUGAAAUGCCUGGAAGAAAGAAACGAUUUAUAGAUAAGAAGAAUGCUGUGACAUUUCACUUGGUCCAUAGGAGUCAACGUGAUCCUCUUCAAGCAGAUGAAGAUGCAUCCAAGCAUGUUCUCCUCCCGGUGGAGGGAGAUGUUGCCAAGAGAAAAAAAGAGGAAGAGAGAAAGUUUGGUGUUUUUUACGAUGAUGAUUAUGAUUAUAUGCAACAUUUACGUGAUGUAGAUGAAAUUAAUCAAGUUGAACCAGUGCAACAACUCUCCAGAGGACAUAAAGAAGACAUCGCAACAUUAGAUGUUGUCAACCAAAAGGAAAAAAAGCUCAAUCUUCCCUCGUCAGCUUUUGCAUCUGAAGUUGAAACAGACGUGGGUCUGUUGAAUAAAGCUGCACCCUUGAGAGGCCCACAGCUGGACUGGGACCCUGAUAUAGUGGCAGCAUUGGAUGAGGACUUUGAUUACGAAGAUGAAGACAAUCUUCUGGAUGAUGACUUUGUUGUGAAGGCUAAUGAAGGCGAGAUAUUGUAUGAUGAGGAUGAACCAAGAUCUUCUGAAGAUGAAGAAUGGGAAGAUGUUGAAGAUGAAGAUGACAAACAAAAAGUUGACAAAGUUAAUGUUGAUGAAGAGAAGGGUUUUGCAUCAGAUGAAGCUGAAGAUGAUUUCUCUGAAGAUGGGAGUUGGGGGCAAGGAUUUUCGGAUGAGGAAACAAAAUCUCGCUUUACAGCUUACUCAAUGACAUCAUCAGUUGUUCAUAGAAAUAAAGGUCUAACAUUAUUGGAUGAUCGAUUUGAAAAGUUGUAUGAGGAGUAUGACGAAACAGAGAUAGGUGCUCUUGACCAUGAGGAAAUCGAUGGCCAUCUACAACAGAACAGCGAUCUGCUCAACUUAGCUAUGAAUGAGUUUGAGAAGCAGCAGGACCAAAUUCUUCUGAAAGAUGUCAUAGUGAAGGGCAAUCCAGAUGAUGUUCAGAGCAGCUCUGAUUCAGAGGACAACACACAGAUGAUAACUGUUGAACUGGACAUGCCUAAGAAAGAAUGGGACUGUGAAUCAAUACUUAGUACCUACUCAACCUUAUACAACCAUCCAAAAACAAUAGAGCUUCCCAAAAAGGACAAGCCUAUCAAGUUAACCAAGAGGAUGAAUAUACCAGAUGAUGCCAUACCAACUCGGGGUCUCACCAAGAGGCAGAUAGAAGAGGAGAUGAAACAAGGAGAUAUGUUUGACAAGGCCAGUACCUAUAGGCCUAAAGGCGAGACUCCUGAAGAGAGAAAGGCAAGGAAAGAGGCAAUAAAAGCAGAGAGAAAAGAAAGAAGAGUAGAACGAAAGAUGAAUAAAAAUGCCUUCAAGGAAGAAAACAAAAGACAGCAAAAAGAAGUGAUGAACUUAAAAAGAAAUUUACAAGGGGAUGAAUUCAAAUCAUGUACUGACAUUGUACCGUCUAGUCUGAGUAAGAGAUACAAAUACUGCACCAUGUUAUAG